GCAUUGUAGAAGCGGCCAGCCAAGAGACGACCUGCUGGGUAAACAACAGUGGAUGCCUCGGAAGGCAGGAAUGGGAACUUCGUCGAGGGCAAACAGUGAGGUUUUUUUAUCUUGUCACAUAGAGAAAUAACACGGAGGUCGUAUUGUCUCGUCCGAGUCGUCUGGGUUUCCAUUUCGAGCCAAAAUGGCUGAUAAUAAUCGAGUAUUUACUGAGUGAAGUGGAGCUAGCAUUAGCUUAGCUCGUAGCCAUCCGGGGCCCACUGCCUUCGAUUUUGCUUCUCGGCACGGCUCGGGACUGUGUUGCCAGUUUCACAAUCCCGGCCGCUACAGUCCUCCGGGUCGCGAUUUCUGCGUGCUAGGCCUGCCUAGUUGCAGUUCGGGUAACACGUAGAAAACUACCUGUUUUCACUACUUGUCACUAUUUCCUGCAGGAUUCAACCCCGCAUGUUGCAAAAAGGACGGUGACACAUUUUGAAAAAAGGAUUUGGACACAGGUUUGGUGACAUGCAGUGGUGAGAAGCUUUGGAAUUAAUGCAAGUUCACUUGGUUUUUGCUCCUUGAGGUCAGACCUGCCACCAUGAAGAGUGAGGUGCCGUCUGAGGCCGCCAACAGACAGGAGCAUAUGAAGGAGCAACUGGUGAAUCCCGAACCCAUGGAGGCAUCCAAGAGCUUCCCUAACAACAUGGAGGUGAUUGGAAAAGCUGGCAGCGAUUUUGAAACUCUUUGUGAGUCGAGGCAUCGGCCCCUGAGAGACACAGGGACACAUAGAGACUCAGAACGGAGCUUUCCCGGACGUAGAAAACGAAAAGGCCAACAGGCAGGCCCAUCAGACUGCUCGCUCAAGGAUGGCCACAUCAGUGAGAGUUCACUGGCACCUCAGCGUCCCAGAGUAGAACUUUUACAGCAACCCAGCGAGGAUGAGCAUAAUCACGAGUCCUCUUUUAGUGACUGUGCUUCGUCCCCUUCAUCCAGCCUGCGAUUCGGGGACUCAGACACUCUUAGCUCGGAGGACGAGGGGGAAGCAGGAGCAACAGGAGGCCAACAUAAGGCCCCUGCCCUGACAGGAGGCGGAGCCACUGGAGUCGGCUUGCGCCCUGCUAUGGGCCGAACUCGGGGCAGCCGCACUCAUAACUGGGUGCGGUCUGAUGCUGAGCCCGUGCUGCUGAAGCGGGCGUGCCUGAGCAGCCGGCGGCCUCUACAUAGGAAACGCUUUGUGAAAACGGCUCCUGGAGGAGGUCAGCGGACUCAGAAGCAAAAGGAGAGACUACUACAACAGAGAAAGAAUCGUGAAAUGUUUGCACGCAAGAAGUAUGCUCUACACCACAGCACCAGUAGUUCCAGUGAGGAGCUCAGCGGCGACUUGUCCUCUGAAUCUUCUACUGAAGCAGAGGAUGAGAUGUAUGUAGAUGUCAGCAGCACUAGCAGCCAGACCAACAGUGCUGCUGUGGCCUCAGGUGCUCUGGACGAGGAUGUCGUGGUGAUUGAGGCGUCUCCAGCUCCCGCUCCUGCUGUCCCUGCAAGUGAGGAGAUCAAUGUGACCUCAACGGACAGUGAGGUAGAGAUCGUCACAGUUGGAGAUGGGUUCAGGUCACGCUCAGUGGGGGGUCUUGGCCGAAUGUGGGGUAAUAGUUGCUCCCAGAAUCGCCUCCAGGAGCCACGUGGACGUCACAGGCUCUCCACUGUUAUCCAACCGCUGCGGCAGAAUGCUGGGGAGGUGGUGGACCUCACGGUUGAUGAAGAUGAUCUCUCAGUUGUGCCAACAACCUCUGGCGGGAUUCAGCCUCAAACAGUCAGGUCGUCCUCAUCAUCAUCAUCAUCCCAUCAAGCCUCUACCUCAGAGCUCAAUGAUGCCCCAGGCCCUUCCACUAGCUGCCCAGGUUCAACACCUGAAAGUAUGCACACACAGAGGCCAAGUGGCUCUGCUCGCACAGGUCCAGAGGAUGACAACAGACCAGGUUUGUCAGGUACAACAGGAGAAAAUGCAGGCGUGGCCAUGCCUAGGCUCCCAUCCUGUUGUCAGCAGCACUCACCAUGCGGAGGCCCCUCCCCUGGUCACCUGCCCCUGAGCCACUCCCAUCCAAGUUGCUUGCAGGCGUCGUCCCCUCAGCAGACCAGCAGCUCUCAGCACAGCCACAGCAACACUCAACACUUUCUCCAUCAUGCCCACCACCCAGCACCGCAGCCCCCAGGCACCAUGCUUUUUCCGGAGCCGAUAUGCCCCGUGGUGCGACCCAGUGCUCUGCCCGCCCCCUGCGCCGGAGUCAGCAGCAGCAGCAACAGCAGUAGUAGCAGCAACGCAGCCCACUACCAUGACCAACAAACUUUGCCAGUGGACCUGAGCAACAGCAGCGUUCGGAGCAGUGGAAACAGCGGGGCGAGUUUCCAUGGCAGCACUUCAGCCUUUGACCCUUGCUGCCCAGGUUCCACCUCACGGCCCCCUGCUUAUGUUUCCCAGCCCACCCCUGGGCCCAGUCAGCCAAGUGUGGUGGACUCAUUCAACUCCCCUAUGGUGGCUCAGCCCCAGCCGCAAACACAGCCCCAGCCCUGCAGACAUUACAUGCACCCAACUUAUGGCCCUCUAACACGUUCACUGCAUCAUCAGUCCUCUUCCGCCUGUCCUCAUUCCCAUGGGAACCCCCAGCUUACACCUCAGACCCCAGCACAAGGUGAAUUUCUCAUUCCCCACACCUUUCAUGCACCUCUGUCAUCCCACCCGCCAGGCCACGCCGUGCCGCCCGCCCCUCCCCCGUCUCUGUCCACCCACCACCUCACUAAUUCAAGUGCCCAGCUGGCCCAACAUCUCCCUGCGGACCACCAGACCCUGCCGCACAUGUAUAGGAUGGAGGUUCAGAGGCGCAGGAUGAUGCAGCACCCCACACGAGCACACGAGCGUCCUCCUCCACACCCCCACAGAAUGCACCCCAACUACGGCCAUGGGCACCACAUUCAUGUGCCACAAACUAUGUCUUCCCAUCCUCGCCAGCCUGAGCAGAGAACAGCAUGGGAGCUCGGCAUCGAAGCCGUAGCGCCGUUCCCUUCAGGGCACCUGCACUCCCACCUGCCACACUACCACCCUCCCCCAAGACUGCACCACUUCCCCAUCCCCUUCAUGCACACUGGCAUAUCUGAAGUGACCUACCCGCACAUUAGGUACAUCUCAUCUAGAAUUACUGGCUUCGGAAGAAAUUAUGAGGACCUGCUGCAUUUAGAGGAGAGACUGGGGACUGUGAACCGAGGAGCCUCUCAGGGAACCAUAGAGAGGUGCACUUACCCACACAAGUACAAAAAGAAGGUGUUGGAGAGAGACAUUGACCAACAGUUAACCCCUGAAGCUUGGGCAUCUAUUGGGAAAAAUAUGCACGCAGACCCAGAAUCGAGAAAGCUGCACGGUAAGCAAGACGAAGACGAGGGGGCAGAUGAAGACACAGAGGAGAAAUGCACCAUCUGCCUGUCAAUACUGGAGGAGGGGGAGGAUGUCAGACGCCUACCGUGUAUGCACCUCUUCCAUCAGCUGUGUGUGGAUCAGUGGCUCCUCACCAAUAAGAAGUGCCCCAUCUGCAGAGUGGACAUUGAGGCGCAGUUGUCUGCUGAGAGUUGAUGCUGUUUUUUUUUUUUUCCCCCCUUUUUCUUUUCUAACAACCCUUUUGUUAAAAAUUUAUUUUGAGAUCAUAUUAAUUUCUCUUCAGUACUGCAGUCAACCAAAGAUGGCAUGAAUUACCCCUGCAGCAGCUCUACUGCAAGGAUAUUAAAAAAAAAAAGACAUCUGACAGAGAAAAAAAUAAAAGCAUUGAGCCUAGAGUGCCAGCUAUCACAUGUUACUACAACAGCUAGAAUUCUCCAUUAAGGGUUUAAGAUUUUAUUGUAUUUAUAAAGCUUUUAUGUAGCUUUUUUGAUCGUUUCCUCAAGUGUCAUUUGCGUUCUGUUUCUCUGCAUGUUUCCUCGCAAUGCAUUUCUUUGCACAUAUAACGUGGGCUCGACACGGCCUAACAAGUUGCAGGUGAGGAUAGCUGCUCUAGUAAAGAUGCAUUUCUGUAAACCCAAUGCCUCGCUUUACUAGAAUAGAAUGUCAACCUCCAGUUAAGGAAAAAAAAAGAAAAACAACAAAAAACAAAACAAACAUUGCAGGAUUCAUUUUACCAAUCAUUGUAUCAUUGAUUAGUUUAUGUUUAGAAGAUGUGGAUUGUUAGUGAGAGAUGUUUUUUUUUUUCCUUUCCUUUCUUUUCUUUUUUUUUUAAGUAAAUCAAGACAUUCCUAACUAGGGAACUAUGUUAACAGAUCAGCUGCUGUAUUAGUGCACACCCAGUAUUUCUAGAGUGGAAAUAAACUCAGAUGUUCACCUCACUCCCAGAAUAUGCACACGCUUUGCUACGAUUACACCACCCGCCCCUUCCCCCGUUUUCCAGCACCUUCAUUUUGACUACAACACCGUUACCGCCACCAUCCGAUGUAUUUUAGAGGACAAAGAAAAAAGAAUGUCACCUCCCUCUCUUUGACUGUUCUUUCUAAACCGAACGAUUGUCGGGAUCUGCUGUGAAUCUUUUCUUCAUUCUGUUUGGGGUUCCUUCCUGCAGACGGGCCUGCGGACGCUAGGUUUAUGUGAGGUGAUCUCAGGUCGACGCACGACCCCGCAACCUGGGAUCAUUUUGUCAAUUUGAAACUGGCAGUGGCGUUGAUUUCCUGUGUGUAUAUGUGUGCGCGCGUGCGUGUGUGCUCAGAGGGAAAUACACAGCUCAAUGGGAGAUGAAUAUUUACUGUUUAUUCUCACACGUCGAACCAUUUCACCCACCCUCCCUUUUUUGUCUCUCUGUAGUUGAGCAGCGGCGUCUGCUUUGGCCGCUGAGAAAAGAAAAGAAAAAAACACUAAUGCUGUCGACUAACUCACUCGCAUAGACUUGCACAAGAGAGAAAAGGGUAGGAGGACCGUAGUGAAUAUGACAGUGUGCUGAGGCCAUGUAUUUCCACUCUGACGAAUAGUAAAAACGGAAAAAUUACAAUUUUGAAUGGAGUGUUGAAAUGCAGUACUUAAAGCAGGUAGCCAUGCAUUCAUUGACUUAAAGGCACCAGGAUCAUAUUCUGUGGGAUUUCUAUUAGUUUUAAAAAAUGAUAUUAAUAAACUUGGAUAACUUAA